AUGUCUUUUGGAUAAAUGAUCGUUUUUCCUUCCUUCCUUCCUUCCUUCCUUCCUUUGGCUGGCCUCCGUUAGGAGAGCGGCAGUAUGCCGCAGGCAGACAGGUAAGCCGCAACCUCUUGUGGCCUCGUCCAGACUACAUCUGGGCCCGGUCUCGCGUUGUUCUCCAAAAGUGGGCCUCAAUGUGCUUCCCCCCGCGGGCACUCAUACAGUGCAUGCUGCAGGUCGUCAGGACUUGUGCCACACGCCAGACAGGAAUCAUUGGGAGCGGAGCCUAAUGCAUGGAGAUACGUCUGCAGGAUGGGGCUCUUCGCGUUACAUCUUAGCUGCGAUAACACUCUUCUCUGUCUAACGAGACAUAAGAAGUGUCCAUUCAAUGGAAAGAAAUCAGGCUUUGAAAUGAAGGAAAAAGAUAUGCAACGACAAAACGUACGAGUAGAGCCUUCCCCGAGUGACCUUGGCCUGGAGCAAGUUUCCGGCUUCUUACCUGUGGAGUUGAUCCUGGUUCACGCCAACCAUGGGACCAUGUCAUUCUUCAAGACUCUGAUCCCAAUCUUACACAGGGUGGAUAAGCUGAAACGGGAUCUGGCUGACUUGCUUUGUCUUCGACCUGAUCAACAAGACUGGUACUUCAGAGGGAAACUGUUGCAGGACAGCAGUACACUUUUUCAGUGUGGAAUUAAGAAAGACGAUAAACUGACCGUUAAAGAGAAGGUCCUGGAGGUUGAGGAGGAAGAAGAGAGUCAAAAUGAAGCCAUUGGUGGUCCUGAAUGAUUUUUGUACACGAUUUAUUGCUGGGUUUUUUAGGAGAAUUACCCAAUGAGCUGCUUUUGUUUUGAAGGUGUUAUGCUCUGGCUGGGGAACCAGAAGAAACGGGUCGACUAUUUUUUGUUUGUUUUUUAGACCAUUGCUGAGGUCCUCAAGAAAAAUCAGGAAUCAGCGUGCACAAUAGAAGUACAGUAGUCUCCGCUUAAACGCACGCCAUACAAAAGCACGCUCCGCUCAAACGCCCGCUUUCUGCAUUUGACAAAUUUUUUACGA